GAGAUGCUCUUGACUCCACUCGGCUCCAUCCUGGGGACCAGAGCAGGCGCGGUCCUCUCAGUAGCCAGCCUUCCCUUCCCCCUGGUCCCUCCCCCUAGCCACCUCUGGGCCUGGGCCCAGGAGCCACCACGGGCGACACGGAGCCACCAGUGCUGGAGGGGGAGCCGUGGGGUCGGGGCAGCGUUGGGGCAGAGGCCCCAGGACGUCCGCCCGGCCCCAGGCCCCGCUCAGCCCGAGCUCCCCCCCGGGUUCCCCCUCCUGCCUGGCCAGAGCCCUGUGAUUGUGCCCGGGAGCCCGGUGGGGUAGAAGUAGCUGGAGGUUGGGGGAGCCGAGCAGCAGGGGCAAGUGCCAUGCACAAACACCACCAUUGCUGCAAGUGCCCGGAGUGCUACGAGGUGACACGCCUGGCUGCUCUCAGGCGCCUCGAACCACCUGGCUAUGGGGACUGGCAGGUGGCCGACCCCUACGGAGGAGGAGGUGGAAAUGGGAGCAGUGGGGGAUAUGGGGGCUACAGCUCCCAGACCCUGCCCUCCCAGGCAGGGGCUGCCCCCACCCCUCGAACCAAAGCCAAACUCAUCCCCACAGGCCGGGAUGUGGGGCCUGUGACCCCUAAACCUGGCCCAGGCAAGAGCACCCCCAAACUCAAUGGCAGUGGCCCCGGCUGGUGGCCCGAGUGCACCUGCACCAACCGUGACUGGUAUGAACAGGCCAGCCCUGCGCCCAUCCUGGUGAAUGCAGAGACCCUAGAGCCGAGUCUCUCGGUAAAUGGUAGCGAUGGGAUGUUCAAAUAUGAGGAGAUUGUGCUGGAAAGGGGGAACUCAGGCCUGGGCUUCAGCAUUGCAGGGGGAAUUGACAACCCGCACAUCCCCGAGGACCCUGGCAUCUUCAUUACCAAGAUCAUCCCAGGCGGGGCAGCUGCCAUGGAUGGGAGGCUAGGGGUGAAUGACUGCGUGCUGAGGGUGAAUGAGGUGGACGUCUCCGACGUGCUCCACAGCAGGGCUGUGGAAGCCCUCAAGGAGGCCGGCCCGGUCGUUCGCCUGGUGGUCAGAAGGAGGCAGCCGCCGCCUGAGACUGUGGUGGAGGUCAACCUGCUCAAGGGGCCCAAAGGCUUGGGCUUUAGCAUCGCAGGUGGUAUCGGGAACCAGCACAUCCCUGGAGACAAUAGUAUUUACAUCACAAAAAUCAUCGAGGGAGGCGCUGCCCAGAAGGAUGGACGAUUGCAGAUUGGGGACCGGCUGUUGGCGGUGAACAAUACCAACCUGCAGGAUGUUCGGCAUGAGGAAGCCGUGGCAUCCCUGAAAAAUACAUCUGAUAUGGUGUAUCUAAAGGUGGCCAAACCAGGCAGUGUACACCUGAACGACAUGUAUGCACCACCUGACUAUGCCAGCACUUUCUCUGCCUUGGCUGACAACCACAUAAGCCAUAACUCCGGCCUGGGAUAUCUAGGAGCUGUGGAGAGCAAGGUCAGCUAUCCGGCUCCUCCCCAAGUUCCCCCAGCCCGCUACUCCCCCAUCCCUCGGCACAUGUUGGGUGAGGAGGACUUCACCAGAGAGCCCCGGAAGAUUGUUUUGCACAAGGGCUCCACGGGCCUGGGCUUCAACAUCGUGGGUGGAGAAGAUGGAGAGGGCAUUUUUGUGUCCUUCAUCCUGGCCGGGGGCCCAGCCGAUCUGAGUGGGGAGCUGCGUCGAGGAGACCGGAUUCUCUCCGUGAAUGGCGUGAACCUGAGGAAUGCCACUCAUGAGCAGGCCGCGGCGGCGCUGAAGCGGGCGGGCCAGUCGGUCACCAUUGUGGCCCAGUACAGACCCGAAGAAUACAGUCGCUUUGAAUCCAAAAUCCACGACUUGCGGGAACAAAUGAUGAACAGCAGCAUGAGCUCCGGAUCUGGCUCCCUUCGGACCAGUGAGAAGAGAUCUCUCUAUGUCCGGGCUUUGUUUGAUUAUGACCGGACCCGGGACAGCUGUCUUCCAAGCCAGGGGCUCAGCUUCUCUUAUGGUGACAUUCUGCAUGUCAUUAAUGCUUCUGAUGAUGAGUGGUGGCAGGCCAGGCUGGUCACCCCGCAUGGAGAGAGUGAACAAAUUGGUGUGAUCCCUAGCAAGAAGAGGGUGGAAAAGAAGGAACGAGCCAGAUUAAAAACUGUGAAGUUCCACGCCAGGACAGGGAUGAUUGAGGCUAACAGGUCGAUCAAAACGAAACGUAAAAAGAGUUUUCGCCUCUCUCGAAAGUUUCCAUUUUACAAGAGCAAAGAGAACGUGACCCAGGAAAACAACGGCCAGGAACAGGGCGUGACAUCCAACACCAGUGACAGCGAAAGCAGUUCCAAAGGACAGGAGGACACAAUUUUAUCCUAUGAGCCAGUGACACGGCAAGAAAUUCACUAUGCAAGGCCAGUGAUCAUCCUGGGCCCCAUGAAGGACCGAGUCAAUGAUGACCUGAUUUCUGAGUUCCCACAUAAAUUUGGAUCCUGUGUACCACAUACCACUCGGCCUCGAAGAGAAAAUGAGGUGGACGGUCAAGACUAUCACUUUGUGGUGUCCCGGGAGCAGAUGGAAAAGGACAUCCAGGAAAACAAAUUCAUAGAAGCGGGACAGUUCAAUGACAAUCUCUAUGGCACCAGCAUCCAGUCAGUGCGAGCAGUGGCAGAGAGGGGGAAGCACUGCAUCUUAGAUGUGUCUGGCAAUGCUAUCAAGCGGCUCCAGCAAGCCCAACUUUACCCUGUUGCUGUUUUUAUCAAGCCCAAGUCUGUGGAAGCCCUUGUGGAAAUGAACCGAAGACAGACGUAUGAACAAGCAAACAAGAUCUUUGACAAGGCCAUGAAACUUGAGCAGGAGUUUGGCGAGUACUUCACAGCCAUUGUACAGGGUGACUCACUGGAAGAAAUUUAUAACAAAAUCAAACAAAUUAUCGAGGACCAGUCUGGGCACUACAUUUGGGUCCCAUCCCCUGAAAAACUCUGAAGACCAUCACCUCCCCAUGCCUCCUCCCCACCCUUCCCCCAAACCAUUUUCUUGUGAGCAGAACCCCAAGCCCCCUCCUUCCUCCUCCUUCCUGUCCCUCCGGGGAGAACAAAUGACUACUGUUCCCGUCCCCUUUUUUAGAUCUGUUGCAAAAUUGAGUUUUCUAGUCCUGUUUCUUUUUGUUGGGAUGAUGUCAUCUCGCUCAUCACGUGACUGUGCCCAUUCCUGCAUGGACCUUCCUCGGAGCAGCUCAGGCGCCACUCCAUCAGUCAUUGUUUUUUCUUUACAAACCGAGCAGCAGAGAAGAAGGCUGAUGGAUUGUCAAUAGACUCAGGACAGAAAACCUGGACUUUGAAAUGGGCUGCACAUGACAACGAGCUCCCAGGGCAUUUCUCCUACAUCUGUGUCACUGUCUUGAAGCUCUGAACAGUGCGAUGUAAAUGGCAACUGAAAGCAUCUUAUUUAUAUGUAUAUGUAAUUUAUAUAAAAUAUAUAGAAAUUAUGAUAUAUAUAUAUAUAUAUGAUACACCUAUAUAUAUAUAUAUAUAUGUACGUACACACACACGCACACACACACACACACAGCUGGACUAGAAAAGCCUUUAGGGACUUUACUGAUGGUACUGAAGGAUCUUUGAACUUUCUGCCACCAAAGUGGCAGGAAAGUGAUAGAAAAUGGUACGAAAUGUGGUGGAUGCCACAUCUGCUCAUCCAUCCUCCUGAGAGCUGAGCUUUGUUUGCUGUCUGUUUUCCACAGGCAGGGGGUGGGGUCAGCCUCCCUAGUACAUUGCACAGUGUCUGCCACCCCACCGGACUUGUUUGCAUGGAGGUUUCCUUUCGUUUGUUUUAAGCUGCUCUAAAACCAAAACCACAUUGUGCUACUUGCCGUGUGUCCGCCUUUUCAUGAUUUCGGAUGUCACCUUUGCUAACUGAGCAUCUCGUUGUAUGAUGUCGUGAGGGUUUUUCUAAGUAGCUCAGACCUGGUCAUUCGAAGGCCAGGCCCAAUAUUUAGCUGCCAAGGCCACAGAGAGCUCCCAUAGGAUGCUGGGGGUGAGAGAGCCGAUACCAGAACAGGGAGCUGUUCUUUCCCUUCUGUACUUAGGAGCUGAAAGGUUCCGCACUCCACUAACUGAGUGCUCUCUCCAGCUGCCUUUAUUCCACCUCACCAGCAGCUGGUUAGCUUACUUUGGGAGGAAAGUAGAUUCAAAUUGGGCACAUUGGAGUUGCGGAGCUACUUAUGUGUAAUAGUGAGAAAUCAAACAUCCCUGCUUUUCCCCAGGGCAUAUGCCCACAAAUGCCGGCAACGGCAGCAACAGCAGCAGAAGCCCUUUCCUGAUAGGCCUGACCAGAGCAAAACAAAAAGCACAGACAGGGCUCUAUCCCUCUUCUCCCCCUGAAGGCCACGUGCCUGGCAAAGGUAGGUAACCUUGCCAUGUCUCACUCUUACCCACUGUGGACUGGUGAUACAGGGAAGAACGUGGGAGUGUCUGGGCCCCAGAGCUGGUGCACUGCACCCACUUACUUUCCUGGCCCACGGCAGCUGGAGCACUGUAAAAUACUCCCCUACCCCAGUACUUAAGACAGGAACUCCUAGCCAAACUUUGGAAACCUAUUAAACUGUAAUUCUACCAGCAACAUAGACUAGCUGUCCAAAGCUGGGGCGCCAGGGAAAAGGAAAAGCAGCUUUGCCUGGGCACUGCACUAGGGCCAGGGAAGGGAGGGGCUUCCUCGCUGUGACCUAAACUGAAUUUUCUGGACAGAGCUCACUCCCUCCCAGAGACGAAAGGCAAAGACUAAAAGUAACCUUGACACUAGUUGGUUUACCACUGUUCCUUCCAAGGAGACGUAUAUUUUUUAAUAAACAAUAGU